AUGUCCUCGGACGCACCUUCAAGAAUUCAUCUCUUUCUUCUCUUGAUAGCCGCUUUGCUGCUGGGCCUCAGCUCAAUUUUGUCACUCAUCUUCAAAAGCGCUGCUUUCUUUCCUCGCAAAGACUUUAUACUCCUACAUGGAGCUGAAAGCUCUUACCGUCAUGAUAUAAAAACCAGUCCAUCUCUUCCUAUGUUCCCCACCUAUCUCGAUGACGGAGCGAUCGGACCCGUUUUGGGCAGCGGCUUUCUUUGCUUGUUUCUCUCCCUGAUCGCUGUCAUACUUGUAUCGACUUCUCUACGCAAAGGGCCUUUGCUGAUGGUAACCCGCUCGCCGAUUCUCAUACUCUCAAUACUCCUCGUACAGUAUCUCUUCAGCUUGGGGGCUCUGAUACAUACUUUUUUAAUCCACCAUCUAUCCGCCCACUUUGAACCAAGUCAUCGCGCUAAUCCGUACGAUCAUGGUAUCUUUGACCCAGAAACAUGGACAUGCGAGAUAUAUUCUUGGCACUCCUCUAUGGGUCGCGAGGUCAGCUUUCUCCAUCGUCAAUGUAUUUUUGAGGAGGCGAGCCGGUGGGCGUUAAUACCAGUAUUGAUAUUUUCGACCGGGUUUGGUGUGUUCGCGGUGUUGGCAAUCGUAGCUGAAAGAGCCAUUAUUAUCGCAAGGGAAAAGACUAAAAACUUUGAAGUUGAUGUUGCUUAUGAUUAUGAUAGCCCGUCGGUUUAUUCACGCUGA